AUGCGGAUAGUAAAGACGGCGGAAGAGAAUGAACCAGCAGAUCGCCCGCCCGACUCGACCAGUGACAUGCCAAGUGCUGAACUCGAGGAGGAGGAAGCAAAUGAUCCGAACUCGUUGGCGUCGCUGCUGGAACGCGUCCUGCAGAAAGUCUCCCAGCUACCCGGUGCGCUAGAAGCGCUCUCGUCGGAUCCCCAGCUGCUGCACGAUCUGCAGGAACAUGAAUUCCUCAUCUACCCCAUCACACCACCCGUAUCGUCAUCCCAAGAUGCCAGCAUUGUGCAUCGUCGAUCCAUCAGUAGCAGCAGCCACCGAUCAAACUCGGACGCUCAACUGUCCAGCGACGACGAAGACUUGACCGAGUCGGUGGACAUGACGUCAGAGCUAUUUGGAUCCGAGUACGAAGCCGAGUUGCAGGCCGUGGAAUCUCUGCAGCGAGGCAAGAGCAUGAACAUGGUCAUUCCAAGAGGCUCGUCGAUGCUCGUUCCAGCACACGAGCUGUCCACGUCCCCGAGCUACUCCAUGGGCAUGUUGAGCCUGUCUCCCGGCGCAUCUUCCCAGGACGGCGACCCCGUCUCGGCGGUGUGGCCCCGCCGCCCAAACGAGUUUGCGUUUUCGCAGCCCGACGAAACCAAGGACGACGACUUGUACAACGAAGCGCUGUUUUCUGAGCUCGACGACGACACCGACGACAAAGUGUUUGACAUGGAAGACAUGCAUCGUCACGGUGACGACGACGGUGACGGCGACGUCGAGUACGACGUCAUGCGGCUCCGCAUCGUCCGCGAGCGGCACCGCACGGGCUUUGAGCCGAGUCACGAGUUCCUCCCCGAGGCAGGCACGUUGGUUGGUGCCACGUAUGUCGUCGAGUCGUUGGUGGGAGAAGCCGUGUUCAGCAGGACCUACAAGGCCACCGACACCCGGACGCAGUCGCCCGUGUGCCUCAAGAUCAUCCGCAACUCCAAAGAGUACUUUGACCAAGGAAUCGAUGAAAUCCGCAUCUUAACCUACCUCAAAGCCGCCGCUGGAGACCUGGACGACCACCAUAUUUUGAAGCUCCUGGACUCGUUUUACUUUAAAGAACACUUGAUUCUCGUCACAGAGCUGCUCAAAGCCAACUUGUAUGAAGUAUCAAGACCGGAGUGGCGGCAGAGGUACUUUACCCUACCGCGGCUGCGCAAGAUCGCGGUCGAGUGUUUGGAAGCUCUGCAGUUUCUGCAUGCGCUGGGCAUGGUCCACUGCGACUUGAAACCCGAGAACAUUCUCAUGCAAAACUUCGAAACAUGCCAAGUGAAACUCAUCGACUUUGGGUCGGCGUCGUUUGUAUCGGACGAGCUCACGUACUACAUCCAGUCCCGCGCGUACCGUGCCCCAGAGCUGCUCAAAGCCAACUUGUAUGAAGUAUCAAGACCGGAGUGGCGGCAGAGGUACUUUACCCUACCGCGGCUGCGCAAGAUCGCGGUCGAGUGUUUGGAAGCUCUGCAGUUUCUGCAUGCGCUGGGCAUGGUCCACUGCGACUUGAAACCCGAGAACAUUCUCAUGCAAAACUUCGAAACAUGCCAAGUGAAACUCAUCGACUUUGGGUCGGCGUCGUUUGUAUCGGACGAGCUCACGUACUACAUCCAGUCCCGCGCGUACCGUGCCCCAGAGGUGAUCUUGGGUCUUCGCUACGACGACCGCAUUGACUUGUGGUCCCUCGGGUGCAUCUUGGCCGAACUGUACACUGGUCGGGUCUUAUUCGAGCACAACUCGAUCGCGGCUCUCCUGUCCAGCAUGAUGGGUCUGCUGGGGCCGCUUCCACCCGCGAUGGUCGCUGCCUCCCCCCAAGCUGACAAGUACUUUAAUAAGGCGAUGUACCUGACGGACGAGGACGGACGGGUGGUGGUGCCGCUGCAGACGUCGCUGUGGCAGGUCCUCGACUGUGGAGACGCGGCGUUCGUGUCGUUUCUGCAGACGUUGCUGCAUCUCGACCCGGCGCGACGCGUGUCGGCGGCGGCUGCCCUCAACCACCCGUGGCUCCAAUCCAACGUGUACGGGAUUAGCGACUUUAGCUGUACCUAG